AUGACGACCCAUCACCCCCGCCAUUCCGCCCCCAUUGGCGUCAUCCCCGUGCCUCACGGCCCGGAGACAGGCCAGGAGCAUGAGGACUACCCCCGGGAGCACACCACCGAGUAUGAACGUCAGAUUUUCAGUCAUGUGACGCGCCCCGAUGAUUCCUACACCCCCGACGGCACCUACUGGGCUGAUCUGCCCUUACGGAAGCGCGUCAGCUUUGUCAGUAAGGUCGACCGCGACGAGGCCGCCAGGGAACUCAAGGCUACCGGCGAGAUGAUGAAGAAGGAUCCCCUGUCUCCUUUGGCCUGGUACUUCCGCAAUGCUGUUCUACCCGGUGCCGGCCUCGGUCUUGAGGGCUACGUCUUGUUCUCAAUUGGCAACUUGGAGCCUCUUUUUGCCGCCGCUUGGCCUCAAUGCUGGGGUAAGGCGCAUACGGAAUGUAGCCAGAACUGGGUUGCCUCCGUCACUUACCUCGAGAUUGUUGGUAUCAUGAUUGGUCAGGCUGCUGUUGGUGUUAUUGGAGAUUGGAUUGGUCGCCGCUGGGGUCUCAUCCAAGAUGCUGCCAUCAUGUUCGUCGGUUUGCUGCUACUGACUGGUAGCUGGGCCAGCUCCCUUCAGGGCUGGGUCAUUUUCUACGCUUGGUCCCUCUUCUUUUACGGAUUCGGUGUUGGUGGCGAAUAUCCCAUCACUGCCACCUCAUCUAUGGAGAACUCCGUCACUGCUGGUCGUCUUUCUACUCGCGAAGAUCGUCUUCACCGUGGCCGCAAGGUCACCAUGGCGUUCUUGAUGCAGGGCUGGGGUCAGUUUGUCAACCAGGUCGUCCUCAUCGUCCUGCUCGUCAUCUUCAACCGCGGCUCCGGCGACGGCCCUUACUCGGCCACCGCCGCCCAGUAUACCUUCCGUCUUUCCUUCGCCUUCCCCGCCAUCGGUACUCUCUGGCUCGUCUACUACAGAAUCUGGAAGAUGCCUCGCGCGAACCAGCAGCUCGCGCUUGCUAAGAAGAAGCAGGGCGUCACUGGAUACGACGUGAAUGCGCUCAAAUACUGCUGCCAACACUUUGGCGGUCGUCUUCUCGCUACCGCUGGCACAUGGUUCUGCAACGACGUCUUCUUCUAUGGCAACAAGCUUUUCCAGGGCCAGUUCAUCUCUGUUAUUUCUAGCAAUCCCGACUCCCUCCUGACCAAGUGGACGUGGAGUUUGAUCAACGUUGUCGUCUCUCUCGCUGGAUACUACCUUGCCUCCCUGUUCAUCGAUAACAAGCUUUACGGCCGCAAGAUGAUGCAGCAAGUUGGUUUCCUCAUGUGUUUCAUCAUGUUCGUCAUCCCCGCCUUCAACUACGAAUACUACACGAGCCCUGCUGGUAUUCGCGCCUUCCAGGCCAUGUACUUCAUCAGCUCCUUCUUCAACCAAUUCGGCCCCAACUCCGUCACUUUCCUCGUUGCCGGUGAGGUGUUCCCCACCCCUAUUCGUGCCACUGCACACGGCUUCUCCGCGUGCAUUGGCAAGGCUGGAGCUCUUCUCGCUUCCGUCCUGUACAACUACAUCGACACCCAGACCAAGUUCUACGUUGUUCCUUGGUUCGGUCUUGCCGGCAUGCUCCUCACCUGGCUUUUCCUUCCCGAUACCACCGGUCUUGAUCUCAAGGAACAGGAACGUCGCUGGACCUACAUCCGCAGCGGCAAGGAGUCUGAGUACCAUGGCGUUGCCGUUCACCCUGAGCAUCUCAGUUUGUGGGAGCGCAUUCGUGGCGUGGGCAAGUACUACGACGCUGAGAAGGACCACAAGGCGCAGAUCGAGGACAUGCGUAAGGAAUGGGAGGAGAGACAGGCGAUGCAGGGCGAGAAGGAGCCCGAGGUCUGGGAGGACCAUGACCUCUUCUCUGAGGAGAUGCAUGGCUACUUCAAGGGCCAGCACAAGGGCAAGACCACCGGAGGUGUGAUGGCCAAUGAUGCCACGAUAUCCGAGGCCUCGUCUGCAAGGGAAAGAAGCGGAAAGGAUGAGAUUCAGCCCAGUCCGAUGGUGGAAGAGAGAAAGGGCGGCAGUUCAGAUCUGAACGAGAAGCAAGGGUAA